AUGGGCCGAACACAACCAUCAGUUGGGCAGCCACCGGCGGCAUUUCGGAAAGCCGCCCGAGCCAAGAAAGCCAAGGUCACCUUGAACCAGCUGAUUCCGUCGCUCCUCUCUACGCACCCACGGGCUCGUCGCGGAAUCGACUCGGCUGAGCUUAUCACUGAGCCAAAGCCAGCGGCAAAAGAGACCCGACCCCUCAAGACAGAAGGCGCCGAUGUUCCGGAGACCAAUGGGGCACUUCAUAUCAGACUUCAAGUAGCCGAAACUCUCACAGCCGCUCACGCAUUAGUGACCAAGGACGCUGGGACAGAUCGCCCGACAGACGUAAGCAACAAGGAAACACGGGUCGCAAUUCUCAACAUGGCCUCACCUCUCACGCCUGGUGGUGGCUUCGUCAACGGAGCCGGUAGUCAGGAAGAGUCGUUAUGCAUGCGGACUACGCUGCUGCCAUCUCUUAAAGAUGAGUACUACCGUCUGCCGGAGCUCGGUGCUGUUUAUACCCCAGAUGUGUUGGUUUUCCGAGAUGGAGAUGCGGACGACGUGUUGGAGAAAAAAGAUCGUUGGUUCGUGGAUUGCGUCAGCGCUGCCAUGUUGCGAAAUCCGGAAAUUGAGCGAGACGAGGAUACUGGCUUCAGCCACUACGUGCAAGAAAGAGAUAGGCAACUCAUCCUGGAAAAAAUGAAGAUUGUGCUGCGGAUAUGCCAGCUAAAAGGUAUCAAGAAGAUCGUGCUCGGUGCUUGGGGAUGUGGCGCCUACGGAAAUCCAGUCGCCGAAGUGGCCAAGGCGUGGAAGAAGGCACUGCUACCGAAAAACGACGGAAAAGGGAAAAGGAAGGGGCACAAAGAGACGUGGAGCGGGAUCGAAGAAGUCGUCUUCGCCAUCAAGGAUACUGGCAUGGCCGAUGCCUUCGAAGAGGCUUUCGGAAAGGGCAUUGAGAGAGACGUAGAAGCUGAGGUGGAUGAAUCCGAUGAGGAGAUUGAUAUCGCUCAAAAGAAUAAGGAGGAGCUUCAAGCAAGGAUUGCCGAGUUAAAGCAGCGCAUCGAUGCCACACCGAAUCCGCAAGUCAAGACGGGUCUCAACUCAAUUCUUGCUGGAUUAAUAAGCCAACUGCCUGCUGAUUCGGAAAAUAGCACCGACGACGACGAAGAUGGAGAAGGGGGGGCAGAGGAUGACAGCGGCGACAGCGACACAGAUUCUGAGCAAGCAUAG